UUUCGCGACAUGGAACUGCUUUAUAAAAUAUGCUAUACAAGGUCUGUGCUGACAUUUUACUGUAGAAAAUAGCCCUGAUUGACGUCAAAUCGGGUAUUCACGAUACUUUUUUUCUCAGGAUACAAUAAUUCAUUUUAAGAUUCCUAUCCGGCAAAACUGUUCACGAGCUCUUUUUUCCGAGGAAUACUUGAAGGCACCAUUGAAGUCACAUGGCAGUCUGAGGAGUAAUGUUAGCCACCGUUACCAUGGAAACAGAGGCCAGUCACAUGCUAGAGGCAGCCCUGGAGCAGAUGGAUGACAUCAUCGCAGGGUCAAAAGCAGCACAAGUGGAACUUUCCAAUGGCGUCUACGAGCUGGCUUCCGUGGUCCAGUUAGCCGAGGACCUGAAACAUGCUUUGGAUCUUCAUCCUCAGCAAGAAGCCAGAGAGCAGCUGAGAGAAAAGUUACCUGCAGGAACAGCUCAGACUCUCCAAGCCUGGCUUCACGGCCUUCCAGUGAGCUUGUGUCCUCCUGCCAAGAAUGAAAGCUACACAGAGAGACUGCUGCGUCUCGAGGAGGACAAGAAGUCUCUGGUACUACAGGUGAGUGCACUGACUGAUCAAGUGCAGGCCCAAGGCGAGAAGAUCAGAUAUCUAGAAAGCUCCUUGGAGGACCACAGACGGAAGCUAGCGUCCACAGAGGAAAUGCUUCAACAGGAGCUGGUGAGCAAGACCUCGCUGGAGACCCAGAAGUUGGAUCUGAUGGAUGAGGUCUCGUACCUCAAACUGAAGCUGGUUAGCAUGGAGGAAUCGCACAACACACACACGGAAGAGCCAACGCACACACAGCAGAAUAAAGCCCAGUGUGUGGUAAACCUCAUUAGUGAGCUCCAGGAGCAGAUGUGCCGCUUCCAGGAGGAGAUCAGCACUCGCAUUAAAGAGAAGCGAACGCUGGGAGAAGGCGAGAACCAGCAGGAAGAGCCCCCAUCCAUCCAGGUCCAGGUCCAGGAGCACAGCUCUCAGGUGGACUUAGUAAGAAGUCAGCUGAGCCCGUGUGACUCUGAUGGAGGGCUGAGUGCAAAUGACUGCUUAGAGGAAAUUGAGCAGCUUAGGAAGAAAGUGGGGGAGCUGCAGUGGCAGAAAGGACAAUAUGAGAGGCAGCUUGGAGCCACCAAGGCCGAGAUGUCAGAAAUGCAACACAUGCUGCUCUGCAAGGAUGCUGAGAUCCAGCGCCUGCACACUCAACGCCUGUCAAACUCCACCAAUGACAACACACACAGAGAAGUGUACGUCAAACAGCUGCUUAACAAAUACCAGGAAUACCAGAGACUGAAGGUGGGGAUGGAGUCUCUUCUAGCUUCCAAUGAUGACAAGAGUCGUCGUAUAGAAGAGCUGACAAAUCUCCUGGGCCAAUACAGGAAGAUUAAUGAGCUCAUGAUGCUCACACACGCGAGCAGUGAAGAGGAGCUGAAUGGAAACAUCAGAUUGAUCACACAGUCUGACUUCCUCCAAUCACAGUUGUCAUCUAGAGGAUCUUCUCCACUUACGUUAUACUCAUCGCCUUCCCAGAGAGACGUGGACUCAAGUUUCCAGAAGUCAGUGGACACAUCAAUACUUGCUACCAGAGAAAGCAUCUUCUCCCAGGGGUCGUGGCAUCAGCGCAGGAUGCAGUCCAGCAGUCUUGAGGAGUUGCAGAGCAGAUCUUUACAGAAGCCUGUAGACAUCCUGCCAGAUGAAAAUGAAUCAGACGAAGCAGGAGAGAAGGUCCCCAUGGAGCAGCAGAAGUAUGGAACAGUUCCAGGAAAGUUGAGGUCAAAGAUGAAGAUGAUCAACCAUGAUGAUGAUGAUGACGAUGAUGAUGAUGAUGAUGAUGAUGAUGAUGAAGGAUCUCCUGUUGAUAACUACCAGCACAGCCUGAGACAUGCAGAGAAGAUGGAUGAGUCCAACCAGUCCUUCCUGUCCACUGACAGGAACUCCAGCCAGCAGUCCGCCAAGUCAGCAGAAAGCAGGAAGAGUCACAGAGGCAUCAAGAAACUGUGGGGCUUCAUCCGCCGCAGUCAGUCAGGUAGUCCGGUCCAGGUCCAUGACCCCAACCUUGGAGACUUUAAGCGGGGAAACAUCAGAGCCAGCACUGGACCAAGACUGGCACCUUCAGUGAAUAUGCGAGACUUGAAGGUUCCUUUUUCCAAGUGGAGCACAGAGCAGACGUGUGAUUGGCUGGAAGAUAUUGGACUGGGCCAGUACGCCAUGCUCGCUCGCCACUGGCUCGCCAGCGGUCAAACUCUACUGGCAGCCACGCCACAAGAUCUACACAAGGAAAUGGGAAUGAAGAAUCCAUUGCAUAGGAAGAAACUCCAGCUGGCCAUCAAGACUUUGAGUAGCAAGCAGCACGAGAAGUCUGCUGAGUUGGAUGAAAUCUGGGUCACUCGAUGGCUGGAUGACAUCGGACUUCCUCAGUAUAAAGAUCAAUUUAGUGAAGCAAGAAUGAAUGGACACAUGCUGCAAUACCUCACUGUGAAUGAUCUGCUGGUCCUGAAAGUGAGCAGCCAGCUGCAUCAUCUCAGCAUCAAGUGUGCCAUCCAUGUUCUCCACCUCAACAACUUCCACCCCUUCUGCCUGAAGCGCCGACCCAGCACCGACAAGCAGUUGAGUCGUAGUGAGGUGACCCAGUGGUCCAACCACAGAGUCAUGGAGUGGCUGAGAUCUGUGGACCUGGCAGAGUACGCCCCAAACCUGCGUGGCAGUGGAGUUCAUGGAGGUCUGAUAAUGCUGGAGCCUGGCUUUAACGCCGACACGCUGGCCAUGCUGCUGAACAUCCCGCCUCACAAAACCCUGCUCAGACGUCACCUCAGCACCAACUUCAACAACCUGCUGGGGAGACACGCCCAGCAGGAGAAGCGACAAUACGCCGAAGCCGCUGACCACUCGCCACUCAACAUUACCGCCAAGAUCAAGCCAAAAAAGUUGGUCUUUUCCAACUUGGCUCACUUGCGGAGGAGGCGGCCAGAAGAGUCCAAGGACUACGUUUGUCCCGUGGAGUCUGGUGGGCCUCAGGACGGACGCACAUCAGUCAACCAGAUCCACCACGCCAACAUCCUGGAUCCUGAUGAGUCCACAGACCAGCCUUUCCUUCAUCCUCCUGAAGUCCACCACUGUGACUUGGACCAGUGAUGUCAACCCUCAUCAUUAAAUCUUCCUUAGUAAUACUUCCAUUUCUACUUUAUUUGCACUUAAUACACUUCCACUUGGAAUACUGUUGCAGUGUUUCAUUUAUUUAUGUUGCUUUUUGGACAUUCUAUACUAAAGGUAGUAACAUUUUGUUUAUAAUUAACACAAUGUGUGUAAAAUGUACAGUACUUCAUAUUUACUUACUAGUGUACAAAUCAAUUUCAACAUGCAAAUAAACAUUUUCAUUGUA